ACUAAGGUGCUUUAAACUUUUGAACUAAUUAAAUUUAGCAAAAAAUUUAGUUUCAAUCAUUUUUAAAUUAGUGUUGUCAAAUAGUGUUGGGAAUACAUAGUUUGACAGAUACUUGUAGUGAAGGAAAUUCUGUUCGGUUGGGUAAGAAGAGAAUUGGAUUCCUUUAGAAUUAAAUCCAAUUAAUCCAUUAAUCUCUAAAAACUACAUUUACUGUACAUACUUAAAAAUGAAGGUACAGCAAUGAUUCUUUGAACAAUGCCAUACAAAACCUAUUUUCCAUCCUGAAGGUGGUCAAGAUGGUAAGGCUGAUUAAGCUGUAAAUAGGCAUGUUUUUGUUUAAAUUUGAUUGGUUAGCCUGUGUACCUGAACUGACUGACCUAAACAGACCAUGCUGGUUGACCAUCAUGACAAGCAAGACCAAGCUGGUCAACAGGCCUGAACAACAAGACCAAGCUUAUCGACCAGCAUGACCAGUUUGACGCAACUGUGGAGUACAGCCAAAAUCAAAUGUAACAUAUAUCACAAGCAUGUCAAAAGCUGGUUGAGCAGCCAGCGUCCCAACACAGAAUUGUUUGUGUGGAUGACCAGCUUUUUAGCCACCUUGACCAUCAAGGUCCUGUUUAGAUCAUAUUUAUAAAAAGGGCUAUAAGUGUGAAGAACCUUUAAUUUUGCAAAGAACCAUUACAUCCACUUUACAACAACAAAAAACUUGUAAUGGUUCUUUACACGUCUCUUUUAAAAAAAGAAUUUUUAUGGUACCAAAAAAAAAUGUCUUUUUUUAACAUCAUUCAAAAAACUUUUUAAAUGGUUUAAUGCAUCAAAUUCUGAUAACAGACUCAGAUUCCCCAUGCACAGAAGUUUACAUCGUGUGUAAAAAAAACGCCACAGAUUAAGCUUCGGAGGUCUGACUAAACACAAGCCAUGCUGUAUGUGCUUCUUAACUGUUGCAUCUUCAGGGGUCUGGUCUCCAGUCUAAUUUUAGGAAGCUAAGGAUAGCUGGGAAACUAUUAUCAGUCUUAUCUGAGUCUGUCUGGACUUCUUCCAAGAAGGACAUUCAGCUUAUUAAAGAAGAAGUAAAAAAAAAGAAGAAAAGUAAGAAAAUGUGACUUUUGGGUUAAUUGCUGGGGCAUGGGAGUCUAUUUCAUUUUUUUUCCUUGGUAGGAUUCCAGGUGCUUGUGUGCAUCAUUUAAUAACAGUUCAGGUUUAGUGUGCUCAUGUUUUGUUUUAUCGUGGCUGUUUCUUUGGAAGCCUACGUGUAGGAAACAUGCCACUUAUGCCAUUCUCUGUAUGUCUGAACCUUUAGCAUUCUAGCCAGGGUGAUUAAAUUUCCGUGUGCUAACAGGGAAACACAGCACAAAACCCGCCCACAGCAUGAUGUCAUUUACAUAGGCUAACAUGAUAAAGAGAGUUGCACUAGCAACACAAAAGCCAGAAAGCUGUUGAGUGCCUGGUCAUACAUGGUAAUCCUCGACAGCCUUCUUCCCCACAGCCUAAAAUUACCACAAAGAACAGCUGAGACCCUGAUGAUUGCUCCCCCCUCCCCCCUACUCUUUCUCUCUCUCUCGCGCUCUCUCACUCAGUCAGUCUUUCUCUAUCUCUGUGACUAUCUCUCGCUCAGUCGCAGGCGCUUUAGUCUCAUUUCACAAUGACACGCUUUAGUUACUCGGAAUAUUUCUCCUUAUUUCAUUCAAGUGGAGCAGUGAAGAGCAGCAUGGCGCACGCGCCGCUCAGCCAGUGUGUUGACAGCGGAGGGCGAGCAGGGAACCUCAGCGACGUCACCUCAAUCCCCCCAGAAGAUGCAGAGCCUAUAAUACUGGCGAUUAGGAAAGGUGAUGUGGAGACAGUGUCUGAACUAGCUUCCUCUGCAUCCUGCAUCCAAACACAGACAACAACAGAGGACUGGACGGCCCUGCAUGAGGCCGCAUACUGUGGCCAAGCUGACUGUGUUAAAGCUCUACUGAAAGCUAAACCAACUUCAGUAGAUAAGCGCACGCUCCAGGAGCAGACUGCUCUUCUGAUUGCGAUUGAUGGAAAACACGUGGAGUGUUUGAAGUGUUUGUUGGUGGCAGGUGCAGACCCAGAUAUUAGCAAUAAAAACAAAGACACACCACUUUAUAAAGCUUGUGAACAGGAGAGCAUUGAUAUAGUCCGAGUACUUCUGGCGUUUGGAGCUGCAGUAAAUCAGCGCUGUCAUCGGGGGUGGACAGCUCUCCAUGAAGCAGUGAGGCGUGGCAACACACAGUUGUGCGAGACCCUCUUUCAGGCGGGAGCUGCCAUCAACCCCCCCAGCACCUAUGGCAUCACUCCUCUCAUGGAGGCCGCUCGUAUGGGGAGAACAAAGAUUGUGGAAUACUUAAUCCAAAAAGGCGCUAAUGUGAACCUGCAGUCAUGUGAAGGAACAACAGCACUGAGUCAAGCCAGUAAGCAUGGUCAUCUGGAUACAGUGGAGCUUCUGCUCAGUCACCUUGCAGAUGCCAACAAAGCCUCCAACUCUGGACUCCUGCCUCUGCACAUUGCUGCCCAGUAUGGCCAUAAAGAGAUUGUCUCCUUGUUGCUGCCCGUCACAAGUCGAUCCAAGAUACGGCAAAGUGGGAUCACACCGCUCCAUCUGGCAGCUGAGUUCAACCAUAUAAAUGUUGUGUCUUUCUUGAUCAGUUCUGGGACUGAUGUUAAUGCCAGGCUCUCGGAUAAACGCUCGUCCUUGUUCCAUGACCAUCGGAGCACAGCUCUGUACUGUGCAGUGGCAGCUGGUAAUGCAGAGCUUGUGGAAGCCUUGCUCAAGGCCGGUGCAGACCCCAACCUGGAUCCCCUCAGCCCACUGAUGGUAGCAGCCCGCCUGGGCUGUUUUAGGACUGUUUCCAAACUGGUGGAACAUGGAGCCGAUGUUAAUGCUCGCAUACCAGCCCAUCCCACAGAUUUCCCAGGAGUAUUGUUGUGUACGCAUCAUUUGGGAAUUUUACAGUAUCUGAUGGACCACGGCUGUAAGGCACAGGACUGUUUUAGAUGUUCCCAUAAGGACAACCGACAACAUUAUUCCAAUAAUCAAAUCAGACGGGAAGACAGGGAUCAGAGGACUCCAACAGUGACUACAAGUGCAAAUCCACCACAAACAACAUGCACCGAAUCAACCACCAGAAAUCUACAGUUUUGUGAAUGGAUCUCCUCCACCUCUAUGCAUCACAUGGCCGCACCUCUAAUCAGCCUGCUUUUGGACUAUGCUGGGAAUGUCCACCUGUGUUGCAGAGUGACUGAACAGUUAAACAGGAAAGAAGAGUGGACUGAAAUUAAGGAAAAAGCAUCAUCUCCUCGCACACUGACGCACCAUUGCAGGCUGAAGAUUCGUGAGCAGAUUGGUGCCCAGAGGCUAACCUCCAUGAACACGCUUCCACUACCAGCCAAACUACUCCAGUAUCUGCACUGUUCACAGAGCAGCACUAGAGAAUACCCAGAUCUGAUGCUCGGGUCAGAUCGAACACAAAAUGUAGGACUGCAAAGAAACUUUUGAUUCCUUAUUGUGUCAGUUUCUACACACAUAAGACUUUGAAAAAAACACAAUGGUAAAACAACUAAAUACUGAAAUAUGUAAAUCAGGGAAUGUCUGAAAAUGCUGCUUAUGUUACUGCUUUUUGGUGGCUGUGUUUAUGUUGAUUUGAUUGUGAGAAUUAUUGAUAUUCCGUUGUAGGGUAUGAAGAGAUUUCAUCGUCAGGCAUUCAGUUUGUAAGUUAACAUAUAUUUAGGUUGAAUGAUAAUUUAUAGGUAAACAGUCAAAAAUAACUGUUGUCCCUAAUAGCCUAUACACAAAACCACAAGCCAAACGUCUACAGGAAUUGCACUAAUUGCACUGGGAAACACAACUACUGAGUGAACUUUAAAUACAGUACGUUUUGACUGAAUAUCAAAGAAACUUAUUGUAAAUUAUAUAUUAUGUCAUUAUUGUGUGUGUGUGUGUAUCAGUGUAUGUGUGUGUAUUUGUGUUCAGUGUGCCAUAAAAGAGGAAAAAGAGCAUUCAUACCUAAGUGACUGUGAGCUCAGGAAACUGUUACAGAAAUGUGUUUGUUAUAUGUGCCUGUUCUUGCUUGCCUGCUUGCUAUUUUGUUUACAGUAAGUGUGUGUCUGUGUGUGUGUGUUUCACAGUAUUCACUGUAUUGAUUGAUGCUGGAUUUACAGUUGGAAUUGCUUUACACUCACAGUGCAUGAAAGUGUUACAGGCUUAAUGAAGUUGUUUGAAUGUGCACAGUAUCAUAAAUUGGUACAAUGAACUGCAACAGAGGACAAGGGUGUGAAAAUAAACUGAGAUUCUUUUACUGUU